AAGAAAAAAAACCCGGCCAAAUAAAAGCUGUGCAUGUCCCAUCAUAGCAAAGUUAUCAUGUCUAGAGUUGCAGUUUUUCAGAAGGAAGUAGGUCACGUAAGCAACUAUUUCCCAUGGUCCUUUGCGGGAUGUUGUCUCGCGAUAUUUCGGAACUGUGGCCGAAAGCUUUACAUUCCAGUUGCCCUCACAGCUGUAGAUUUAGUGGCGGACUGGAAUAAUCACCUAUUGGACAGGUGCUCGGAGGGGACGCGGGUUAAUCGAAGGGUUAACUCCAUUGGUUGCCAAGGAAGCACGUUCCGUUGAAAGCAGUCGUUAAGCCAAUAGGAAGCGAGAAUUCUUACACGUUCUGGCCAAUCACAAGACGAGGAGCGAUAUUUAAAUGCACUCCUAGCUGUUGGUAGCAUAAGCGCAGUGUCCUGUGGAGGAGGUGGACUUAGGUUGGUUUUAUCGUGGUUUCUUUUAUCGCUCCUCUGCUGAAAUGGCGACCCGCCGCGCUAUGAUUUCCCGUGAAGCUGACAAUGCUGUUGCUGGAGCUAUGGGAGCUAAAGCCCAGUUGAAUGUAAGGAGAGCUGCUCUUGGAGAGAUAGGAAAUAAGGUGACUGUGCGUGGAAAGCAACCUGCAGUAAAGAACUCAAAUGCAGCAGUGAAGCCAACCAAACCAGUAACUAAAGCAGCAAAUGUCACCACUAAGCCAAAGGCUGUCCCUGUGAAGGUUACUGUGAUUGAAGCUCCUGCAAAGGAAUCUUCUCCAGUACCUAUGGAUGUGUCAAUGAAGGAAGAAGAGGAACUCUGUCAGGCAUUCUCUGAAGCUUUUAACAAUGUGGAAAAUAUUGACGCUGAAGAUGGUGGGAACCCACAGUUGUGUAGUGAAUAUGUAAUGGAUAUCUAUAACUACCUGAAGCAACUGGAGCUCCAGCAGCCAAUAAGACAAAGAUACCUGGAUGGCAAGGAGGUUAAUGGGCGCAUGAGGGCCAUCUUGGUUGACUGGCUAGUCCAAGUUCACUCAAGGUUCCAACUGCUCCAGGAAACUUUGUACCUUGGUGUUGCUAUCAUGGAUCGCUUCCUUCAGGUUCAGCCUAUCUCCCGAGGAAAGCUUCAGCUGGCUGGUGUAACUGCUCUUCUCUUGGCAUCCAAAUAUGAAGAAAUGUACACCCCUGAGGUUGCAGACUUUGUUUACAUCACAGACAAUGCUUACACUGCUUCUCAGAUUAGAGAAAUGGAGGUGUUAAUGCUGCGUGAGCUGAACUUUGAACUGGGACGUCCACUACCACUCCACUUCCUGAGACGUGCAUCAAAAUCCUGCAGUGCUGAUGCAGAACAGCACACACUUGCAAAGUAUCUGAUGGAACUUACCCUUAUUGACUACGAUAUGGUACACUUUAGACCCUCUGAAUUGGCAUCAGCUGCACUUUGUCUGGCACAGAAAGUUCUUGGUCAGGGCAGUUGGGGAGCAACACAGCAUCACUACACUGGAUGUGCUGAGGAAGACUUAUCUCUUAUAAUGUCACAUAUGGCCAAGAAUGUUGCCAAAGUCAACAAGAACCUAACAAAGCAUGUGGCUGUGAGAAAUAAAUAUGCCAGCAGCAAGCUAAUGAAGAUCAGCGCCAUUCCUCAAUUGAUGUCUCCAGUCAUUACAGACCUGGCUGCAAGUCUUUCUUAAUACCACACUGGGGAAUACCACUUUUUGCACUUUUAUAUAACACUGCCAUUCCAGGCAUUAAUGCUGCUGAAUUUGUAAAUACGUUUUUUUUAUUAAACUUUUAGUUGUAAGCUUUGAGGAACUGCUGGGACAUCUAUGUUAAAUAA